AUGUUCAGAAACGCAGUAGCCAGCUCUUCCAAGCUCACCCUCGGCGUAGCUGUCCCUCGAGCUGCCGCUCGCCAGUCGUCAGGCUUCGCGACGUCCGCUCGGGUCACCUUUGCCCGUUCCCCUUCCCGCUCAGAUGAAUCCUCCACCACUACCACCCUCCGCGAAACUUUCCCCAACCUUGCUGCUCUGACACCCACCCCCGCCGCCACAUCCACCUCAUCCGUCCGCCCACCCCGCUCACCCACAUCCGUCCCUGGCGGAUCCCGCAUCCCCACCAUCUCCUCCCUCUCACCAACGCGCGCCCCCUCUCCCCCUAAAUACCGGUGGGACCCUCUUCCUACCACCGACGACACGCCCUCCACCCACACACUCACCGUCAUGUCCACCCGCAACAACCUCCUUCUCACCCUAUCGGACCGCCAAGGCCCGCUCUUCCCGACCAUCACCGGCGGGACGGGGAAAACCUUCAAGAAUGCCGCUCGGUCAGGCUAUGAGGCGGCGCACCAGGCCGCACUAAAGAUGUUUGAAAAGAUGAAGGAGGUGUCGAGAGAGGCGCCCGUACGCGGAAGCAGAGGCAUUCAGAUCCGGCUGGCGUAUAAGGGGUUUCAGGGUCAGGGGGCCGAGGCGUUUUCGCAGGCUCUGGGCGGGAAUGAGGGGGGAGAUGUGAGGAAGAUGAUCGUCAAGGUGGAAGAUAGGACAGGGGUCAAGAUUGGAGGUACGAGGGCAAGGAAGCCAAGGAGGUUGUAA